AUGGCCAGCCUCUCUGGCCCCCCACCCUGGCCACUGGCCUUCCGCCUCGCCCACCAGAUCGCUAUGGGCAUGGAGUUCCUCCACAGCCACUCCCCGACAGUGCUGCACCUCGACCUGAAGCCCAGCAAUGUGCUGCUGGAUGACAGACUUAAUGCCAAGGCAAGUCCCAGGCUCCUGGCUCUGACUAGUCCUCUACUGGUGGGAAAGGGGGAGUUAUUAGCACUAUAACUAACUGAACUAUUGACUAGUGUACUAUUGUCUUGUGUUAUUGAGUCAUGAUUUAUUGUUAAGUUAAAUAUAACUGGAUAUCUAUCUCUCUCUCUCUCUCCUCUGUCAAUCUCUCUCUCUCUCUCUCUCUGUCAAUCUCUCUCUCUCUCUCUCUUCAUCACUCUUUCACUCUUUCUCUCAAUCUCUACUGUAGUUUACAGAUUUUGGCCUGUCCCAACUUUACUACAGUGUUUCCAGGUCAUGCAGAGAGGACAUUUGGGAAGCAGGGGUUCAGUUAACUACAUGCCCCCUGAGGCUUUUGUAAUUGUCAUUACAAACCCACCCGUGCUAUCUGACGUCUACAGGUAGGCUACGCCCCUGAGAGACAGAACUUUUCAACGAAGAUCUGA